UCAGUAUCCUUUACAAAUCGUAGAGGAUUUUAUUAAUGCAAUCUUUUCCUGUAUCAGUAUUUGCAAGAAUAGUAAUGAAAUUCUAAUUUCAAAUUAAUUGGAGGUGGAUUUUUUCCCUCAUUCAACCCUAUUUUACAAUAUAUAGACUCUCUGGCUAAAGUGGUGGUUUUUUGAAAACUCUGAAAACAUAAAAAUUAUAUUCUUCCAUGAAUUUAGUCUAUUAUUUUUUUUUUAUAUAUAAAAAAAGGGACUUGAUCCUAAUUAGCAUGUAAAUAAUCAGCGAGCUAUUUCAUUGAAAUUUCUAAAACGGUCCAUUUUCAUGCCUCGACUUCGAGGACAAGAUAUUGAGGAUUAUCAUUGACUUGUAAAUUAUUUCUCAUUGACUUAUAAAGUCUGUGAUCAUACAAUCAAAAUUUUUAACAUUAAUAUCUCAUCUUCACAUAGACGAGAUAGGGAGGGAGAAAAAAUCUUGUUAAUUCUCCAUUUCAAUCUCUUAGCUGAGCAACAACACUCUGCUUCUCUCCAUCUCUUCAGGGAUAGCUGCAGAUGAUUCGAAGUGUUAUAGUUGAUGUAUAAUCCCACUUCAUAGCUUGUGAACACACAACACACAUCCGCGAAUCGAAGCGAGAUGAUGAGAUGCUUUAGAGGCAACAGGGAUGAGAAUGAGACUGAGACAGCAGCAAUGAGAAAUGGAAGAUUGUUAUUAGAAAAGUCGAUUGCCAUUAAUAAUGGCAGAGGUAAUCCUAUCCGUUGCUUUUCUACCCAAGAUCUUAACAAUGCAACAAAUAACUACGAUCAAAGUCAAAUGUUUUUUUACAACAGAUUCUACGGAUUGUACAAGGGUUUUCUGCAAGAACGUCCAGUAAUUGUGAAAAGGUACAAGGAAGAUGAAAAUCUUCUCCAAAAUUGUAUGAGUGAUAUUGUGUUUUCAUCACAAAUGAGUGUGCAUAAAAAUGUUCUCAAACUGCUGGGAUGUUGCUUAGAAUCCCCAAUUCCUAUUCUAGUUUAUGAAGUUGCAGAGAAGGGAACCCUUCAUGAUUGCAUAAUUUUGGAUAGAAAUAGAACCAAUUUCCAACCAUUAUCAUGGAAAAAUAGGUUGAAGAUAGCAGUUGAUGUGGCUAAUGCGAUUGCUUAUCUUCACACUGCAUUCCCAAGGCCUAUUGUUCAUAGAGAUAUCAAAUCCACAGUAAUCCUGCUGGAUGAAGAGUGCAGGGCUAAAUUGAGUGAUUUUUCAUUAUCCAUAUCAAUUCCAGAAGGUGAAACCCACAUACAGGAUGAGAAUGUGAUAGGGACACUUGGAUAUCUAGCUCCUGAAUAUCUUUCAGAAUCUAAGUUUAAUGAGAAGAUUGAUGUUUAUAGUUUUGGUAUACUUCUACUAGUGCUUUUGACUGAAAAAACGCCGAAUGAAACAUCAAAUUAUGACCCAGAUUUGGUUCUAGUGAAGUCCUUCGAGAAAUGUAUGGAAGAAUAUGGAAUGAUAGACAACUUUGUGGAUCCUAAAAUUGUUGAAGAAGGGCCAUGGCUUGGGAAAGAGCAGCAACUAAGAGUAUAUGCUAGGCUUGCCCUUCAAUGUCUUCAUUACCGUGCAGAGGAUAGGCCAGAUAUCACAGAUGUGGGCAAACAACUUAGGCAGAUUUAUCAAUCCUUAAUUUCUACUGGUUCUCAUCAAAAUUAGUCAUUUUGUUGUUUGAAUAUAUAAUGUUUAUAUCCAUCAACCGUGUGACUUGUGGUUCA